UUUGCUAGGAUUGCUGCUGCGCUGGGGGCGCAAAGUUUGCUGCCCGUUGGUGGGGUCUCUGGAGGCCGCCGCGUCGGCCGCAAGUGGCGGAAAACGGGGGGCGGGGGGCGGCGCGGGGCGCGGAGGCCGCGCCGAGCCGGGCGCCUGCGCUGGGACACCCGGCUGCCCUCCUUCCCGGCUCGGGCAGCGCCCUGCGUGCCAGCGGCGGGGCCGCGGUGGGAGAGCCGGAGGGAGCGGGCCGGAAUGCGGGGCGUUUCGGGAGGAGGAUUCACCCCGCGCGCCUGCAGCUCGCGCCUUGGCUUCGCGGGGGAGCCCAGAGGAGAGGCUGCGAAGGAGCGACCUGCCACCCUCGGGGUUCGCGAGUGCGGCGCACGGACACCUGGAACGCCCUGAGCCCCACACCCCGCACGGGUGUCCACGAGCAGUGGGCGGCCCGCGCGCCACCAGGGCUCGGCCCUGCGCCUUAGAUAAGAAGGCCCCUGCCCGGGGCUGUGAGCUCCCGCCCCUGCCCUCUGGCUCGGGUCAACUUCUCUGGGCUGAAGAGAGCCCCUCUCCCCGCUCCCCGCGGCUCUCGAUGCGGGGGACCGCGGUGGCCCCCGGGGCCGAAUCGGCCAAACCGCGGAGGCUCAGCUGGUGUCAGGGGUGAAGCCCCGCCGGGAGCGGAGGAAGGUCUGGAAGCGACCUCUGUACCCAGAGGCUCUCCGUGGUUCCGACGGCCGACAUCAUCCCUGGGCAAAAGGGGGGACCUGCGGACCCCUAACAUUUGGGGCUAAUCGUCCUCAGACCCCCUCGCCCUGGGCUCCUCUCGAGCUCAGCAGACAGUGGGGGCACCCGACCAAAUCCUAGCCGCCGCCCUGCCCGUGGGGAACCUCGUGGUUUCUGGCAGGUCGUGCCCACGGGUGUAUUUAGAACCGGGGGUCCCUCGAGGGACGUGGGCUCAGUAUAAGCCGCGUCUAUGCAGGUACGUGUAGCUGAUGGUGCCUGAGAUUCUGACACUCCUGUCUGUCUGCUCUGGGAAGGAAACCCGGGGUUCCUCAGCUCAAGGCUGGGCCUUUUUGGAAAGAGCACGGGCUCGUUAUUCCUGUAUUACCUAGGGGGCAAAGAUGGCCCAGAAAGUACCCGGGUUCCGGCAGACAGGUUGUCAGCGGGGUGUCAGGGGUGUGCCCGCAGCUGGAGACAGACGGGCUAACGUGGCCUCCGUGGGGCUGCGUGAGCGGCCCGCAAGGUCGCGCGAUUCCUCCGGCAGCCCCAAGCUACCCCAAACGGGGGCGGGGCGGCCCCUCACGCAGCCUGGGCUGGGCCUGGGGCAGGAAGAGGAGGAUCAAGGUGCAGGGCCCUGAGAAAGCGCCGCCGGUGAGCGGGAUUUCAAGAUCAUGGAAAGAAGGUGGCCCGCGAGAAACGGGCGGGCGGGCGGGAACUGGGAGUGUCUAUUUACGCACUAAGGCUGGAAAGGAAAACCGGAGAACGUAGCAGCGAUGGUCACGGCAGCCCCUGAAACCUCUUCCCGAGAGGCCCCCACGGACCGGCUGUGCCCACCCGGCUCCGAGGGUGAGCACGUGUACUCAGCGCCUAGAAGCCGGCGGCCCCGGAGCAGUGGCCGCGCCACGCCGUCCCCCUCGCGCAGGACCCCGCCGGCCCCGCCCGUCGACCCCGGGCCGCGCCCGCCAUGUCCUACCCGCAGUUUGGGUACCCCUACUCCUCGGCACCCCAGUUCCUGAUGACCACCAACUCCCUGAGCACGUGCUGCGAAUCCGGUGGCCGCACGCUGGCCGACUCCAGGCCGGCUGCCUCAGCCCAGGCGCCCGUCUACUGCCCGGUCUACGAGAGCCGGCUGCUGGCCACCGCGCGCCACGAGCUGAACUCAGCGGCGGCGCUUGGCGUCUAUGGGGGCCCCUACGGCGGCUCGCAGGGCUACGGCAACUACGUUACCUACGGUUCUGAGGCGUCUGCCUUUUACUCGCUGAACAGCUUCGACUCCAAGGACGCACCGGGAUCUGCGCAUGCGGGCCUCGCUCCGGCAGCGGCCACAGCCUACUACCCCUACGAGCCGGCGUUGGGCCAGUACCCCUACGACAGGUACGGGACCAUGGACAGCGGCACGCGGCGGAAGAACGCCACGCGCGAGACCACCAGCACCCUCAAGGCCUGGCUGCAGGAGCACCGCAAGAACCCCUACCCCACCAAGGGCGAGAAGAUCAUGCUGGCCAUCAUCACCAAGAUGACCCUCACGCAGGUCUCCACCUGGUUCGCCAACGCGCGCCGGCGCCUCAAGAAGGAGAACAAGAUGACGUGGCCGCCGAGGAACAAGUGCGCGGAGGAGAAGCGGCCCUACGCGGAGGGCGAGGAGGAAGAGGGGGGCGAGGAGGAAGCCAGGGCGCAGCCCCUCAAGAGCACCAAAGGUGCAGAGCCCACAGACAAAGAGAAGGAUCUGGAGCUCAGCGACUUGGAGGACUUCGACCCCCUGGAGGGGGAGCCCCCAGAGUGCGAGCUGAAGCGGCCCUUCCAACCCCUGGAUGGAGGCCUGGAUCGAGUCCCCGCCGUGCCAGACGGCCCCAGCGCCCCAGGGAAGGAGGCUCCAGGCGCCCUCCGGAUGCCCCUGGCCGCCGGGGGUGGGGCCACUCUGGACCAGGACCUGGAGAGGGCCCGGAGCUGCCUCCGGAGCACGGCGGCUCGGCCGGAGCACCAGGCGGGCGCGGGCGCGGGGGUUGGCCCGCAGGCCUGCGAGCCCAAGCUGGGCUUUGCUCCAGCGGGGGCGUCGGCGGGCCUCGAGGCCAAGCCGCGCAUCUGGUCCCUGGCACACACGGCCACCGCGGCCGCCGCCACCGCCCUCGGCCAGACUGAGUUUCCCUCGUGCAUGCUCAAGCGCCGUGGCCCCGCUGGCCCUGCGGCCCCCUCCUCGGCGCCCGCCUCCUCCUCGCCUGCGACCCCGGCUCCCGCCGGUGCCCUGGACAGGCACCAGGACUCCCCGGUGACCAGUCUCAGAAACUGGGUGGACGGGGUCUUCCACGACCCCAUCCUCAGACACAGCACUUUGAACCAGGCCUGGGCCAGCGCCAAGGGCGCCCUCCUGGACCCGGGGCCGCUGGGCCGCUCGCUGGCGGGGGGCGCCAACGUGCUGACGACGCCCCUGGCGCGCUCCUUCCCGCCCGCCGCGCCCCAAGACGCCCCCGCCUCCGGCGCCGCCAAGGAGCUGCUGGCCACGCCCAAGGCCGGCGGCAAGCCCUUCUGCGCCUAGCUGGCCGCCUGCCUGGGCGAGGAGGCAGCCGGCGCCCGGGCUGCAGGCUCCAACUCUUUUUCUACCGAGUUUCCAAAGUGAGGCAAGAGCUCGGCAAAGCUCAGGUCGCCAACCCACCCUGGAGGGAGGAUCUGAACUCGGGCUCCCGGGGCCACGGACAAGCCCCCGGAGCGCCCGGACAGGAGUCCGCCCGGCCGUGCCAAACUCGGGGACCGAGCAGGAUAGGGCUGCUGUCAGAGCAGCAGGGAAACACCCUGAAGCAAAAAGUUUACGUGCAAAAGUUUACACACAGAAGACGUUUCCGUUCCGAGGCCCGUCUGUGUACCUGUCUGCUUUGGGUUGAGGCUUUGCCGCCGUUCCUCGUGAAGACUCCUCAGCCUGCUGGCCUUCCGAUUCCAUCCUCCGCGCGUACUUUUCACCAACAACACUGCCACCGAGUCUACACUAUUGCACACUCUUAACUCGAUAAAAUUAUGUUUUUUUAAUGUAUGUUCACACCGAUAAUUGCCUGCUUCAGAGGCUAAUAUAACAAAACCAAUAAAACCGAGUGAUGGUGUUUGCAUUGCAAAA